GUCGGCAGGUACUCAGUGAUUGGUACACGAUAACAGAUAUCGCUGUUCCUCCUCUCCUCAUUGCUCCCUCGCGUCAUUCUCCCCAGCGCCGGCUCACCUAAAAUCCCUCGCUUUUUCACCGGAGCUGUCGAAAUCGCUACAGACUAAGUCGACAUCGGCGUCUCUUACGUCACUCUAUCCUUCAUUUUCCUCUAUCACAGGCCUCCUUCUCCUCUCCUGCUCCCUCCGCGAUCGAAUUCGAAAUGAUAGAUCGGCGAGGCCCUGAGCCUCAUUGCAGAUCGAUGCCAUUCCGGAAGGAUUCGUGGUGAACAUGGGUUUUUUGGAGCUCCACGGCUAGAUUUUGCAUCACCUUCCUGUCCGUGAGAGAAUGCCGGCGCCGGGCUUCUCUUCGAAGCCGGAGAAAAAGGGUGAGUCUGCGGCGAAGCAUCAACAGCAGCGGAGAGACCCCUAUGAGGUUCUCGGUGUCUCUUGUAACUCCACGGAUCAGGAGAUCAAGAGCUCCUACCGGCGAAUGGCCCUAAAGUACCAUCCAGACAAGAAUCAGAAUGAUCCAAUAGCAGCCGACAUGUUUCAGGAGGUCACAUAUUCAUACAAUAUCCUAUCUGAUCCAGAUAAAAGGCGACAAUAUGAUACAUCAGGUUUUGAGGCCAUUGAUUCUGAAAGCCAAGAGUUGGAGCUGGACCUUUCAAGUCUAGGGACAGUAAACACCAUGUUUGCCGCUCUUUUUAGUAAGCUUGGCGUGCCAAUUAAGACAACAGUAUCAGCUACUGUCUUGGAAGAGGCACUUAAUGGCUCUGUGACUGUUCAGUCCCUUCAGUUUGGGAAUUCUUUGUGUAGAAAAGUUGAAAAACAGUGUGCCCAUUUCUAUUCCGUUGAUGUAACUGAAAAUGAGUCAAAAAUGGGGCUAGUCUGUCGAGUGCAUUCAAGAGGAAGGAGCAAAUUCAAGUUGCUUUACUUUGAGCAGGAAGAUAACGGUGGGCUCAGCCUUGCAUUACAGGAAGACAGUACAAAAACGGGAAAGGUUUCCUCGGCUGGCAUGUUUUUUCUUUGUUUUCCAGUAUACCGGUUUGAUCAGACUAAAUCUAUGGCAGCUGCUAAGGAUCCUGAUUCAGCCUUUUUCAGAAAAUUAGAUGGAUUUCAGCCUUGCGAAAUAAAUGAACUGAAAGCUGGGACGCAUAUUUUUGCUGUUUAUGGUGAUAAUUUCUUCAGAAGCGCUACUUACACGAUAGAAAUUUUAAGCGGGGAAGCUUUUUCCACUGAGAAGGACAAACUUCGGGAUGUGGAAGCUGAGAUAUUAGCCAAGAGAGUAGAACUGUCCAAGUUUGAGAGUGAAUAUCGAGAGGUUCUGGCACAGUUUACGGAUAUGACAAAAAGAUAUGCAAAAGAAGUGGAGGAAAUCGAUGAGCUUCUAAGGAAAAGAAACACGAUUCAUGAAUCAUACACCACUGUCCCACCGCUAUCGCGGAGCUCAAGUAGCAGCAAGAUAAGAUCUUCCUUCAAGGGAUCUGUAGCAGAGGAACACCCAGCAAAGGAGAAGAAAUCAAGAGAUCGUCCAAGAAAGAAGAAAUGGUUCAAACUCCACUUGAAAGUUGACAAGCGGAAGCCGUGUUGAAGUGUAUAUAGGUCAAAGAUGAUGGUUAGUGGUGAUCAGUAGUUGCAGCUAGCAGUAACAGUAAAAGCUGGCGGUGUUGGCAGGCGGAGGACGACUGUAAUGAUGAUAAUGAUAGAGAAUUUGUAGUGUAUUUGAAAAUCGAUUGAAUCUAAUAGUUUUCAAAUAUAUCAAAAUUGAAUUAGAUGAUGAAUUCAAA